UUAUUUGCUUUAAAUUGUUUUGGUGUCUCGAAAAUGGAUAGCUAUGAGUUUCGUCUCGCCGUCGCCUCCGAUGUAGCCGGUCUCUAUGAUUUACUCAAGGAGUAUGUCAUCGAACAAGAACUUGAGGAGGAAUUCAAGAAUUCACGAACUAGUUUUGAGGAACAUUUUAACCAAGUACUAUUCAAAGCGUUUGUCAUCGAGAUUGAGGGUGAAACAGAGAACCAGAGGCAGAUCAUUGGAUGUAUUUUCUUUUCCAUAUUUUAUAGAUAUCUCGUAGGCGCAACGACUUUCCCUCACUGCUGCUAUAUCAGGCCAGCUUUUAGAAACCGUGGACUUGAGCAGAAAUUGAUCCAGCAUACCAAGAAGAUGUCUCGAGAUGCAGAUAUUGAUAAUAUGUUCACUGUUUUAACACCACUGAACGCCUCAUAUAGAAAAGCCUUAGAACAUGAAGGUAUGAUCAGUCUAACCAGUAGUCUUGAGAUGGAUGUCUGGAUCAUGCCAAAUCCACCUUCAACAUCCACUCAAAAGUGUGACGAUUAUAUAAUCCGUGACGGCACAGAACAAGAUCUAAGCAAUAUUUAUCAUCUCCUCGAAGAGUUGAUUGAGAUGGAGAAUCUUAGUGCUCUUUUCAAAGUCAGCAAAGAAGAAUUCGAACGCGACGGUUCAGCCGACAAAGCACUGUACGGGUCCGUCAUCGUGGAACAUCGACAUCGUGUCGAAGACCAGGAUGAAGAGAGCGAAGUCGUCCUGGACAUCGUGGGUUGUUUGCUCUACUCUAAGAUGUACUAUGCUUUAAUAGGGCAGGCAUAUUUCUUGCAAGGCAUCUAUCUCAAGCCGGCGCAGAAGGGCAAAGGUUUAGGCAAGGCUUUACUCCGUGCAACACUACAGGCUUGUAAGAAACGCAGCGGUGACGGCUUUAUAAUGAUCAUACACAAGGAGAAUAAAACCUCCCAAUCACUCGUCCGAUCAUUACACGCUAUCAACUUGACACAAUCAACACACAUUGAAUGGAUUAAAGCGUUAUUAUAAGAAAUACAGAUUGUAAAUUGAUUUAGAAAUCGCUGAAAUAAACUAUUUACCGUACGUCUUGUUUAUAAAUCAGCCUGAGAUAUGAGAAGCAAGAUGAUGGGAGGUGACAAUGGCCUGGAAAUCCUUCGACGUUACUCCAUGCAUGUUGACCGAUUUCAGAACACGAUGGCAAAUUUUUUCGACAAAUAAACUAAAUAUAUCCCAUUAAUAAAAUCAUAGUCACACCAUUAUACACUUUUCGAAGGAUGAUGAACAAGGCCACUGAUAUUGCCUUAGGAUGAUUUUGUUGUUGUUAUACAUUUAAAUAAUUUUGAUCUCACUGAAGCCAAAGAGUUGGUUUUAUGUAAACCACAAGGAAUACGCCCACUCUAACCACGCCCCACAAACUGUUGUUCAACACCCUUUUGUCAUACUCUAAAAGAGAAUGUUCAUUGAUUUUAAAAACUAACUUUAUUGUCA